AUGGCUUCAGGAACUGAACAGUCUCCCUCACCACCCCACGACCUGUCUGGCUCCCAGCUGACCAUUCCUUCCGACUCGGAAGCAUAUUCUUCUCUGUCCCCUCCCUCAUCUUCUCCGCCGCAAUCCUCAGACAACAAUGGUGGACGACCCGUAAUAAUAUAUCAACCUCCCACUUUCUGGGGCAUCUUGAGAGGUGCUGCCAUCAAUUUAUUGCUCCCUUUCGUCAACGGCUUGAUGUUGGGUUUUGGCGAGCUCUUAGCACAUGAAUUUGCUUUCCGCUUGGGUUGGAGUGCCACAAACGUAGCACAUUCUGGUAUUCUCCUUGUUCCAAAACUGACAUUCUGCAGGUUUGGCCCCGGCAUCGAACUUCUCAUUCAAUCGGUCCUGGUGUGGAAGUCAGACAAAGCCCCAGCGAGGGGAGGAGAAGGAACAGCUCGAUAG